ACACGCUACGCCGUCGUCAUCGACGCCGGCUCCACGGGCACGCGCGUGCACGUGUUCACGUUCUCUCGAUCGGCGUUCGCGAGCGGCGGCGAGGCGCUGCGAGACGAGACGUUUCGCUCGAUCGAACCGGGACUGAAGAGCUACGGCGGCGACGCCGAGGCGGCGGCGACGUCGAUCGAGGCGCUGAUCGACGUGGCGAAAGGAGUCGUGCCGGAGAGCGCGAGACGAGAAACACCGUUUAGUGUGCGCGCGACGGCGGGAUUGAGACUGAUGCCCGAAGGGCGGGAGGCGGCGGACGCCAUCGUGGAGGCGGUGCGACGAAAAAUCGCGAACGCGGGAUUUCAUCCGUCGUCGGCGUCGUUCGUGAGCAUCAUGGACGGCGAAGACGAGGGCGCGCACGCGUGGGUGAGUGUAAAUUAUUUGCUAGGGAAUCUCGGCGGGGCGCCGGAGAAGACUGUGACGGUGGUAGAUUUAGGCGGCGGGAGUACGCAAAUCGCGUACGCGGUGGGCGGGGGCGCGGCGAAGGACGCGCCGAAAGGGUACGUGCGCGACAUCGAGGCGGCGUCGACGACGUAUAGGACAUACGUGCAUUCGUUUAAGGGCUACGGUAUCGUCGCCGUACGGCCGAAGAUAUUUAGCGUGGGGAAGAAUAAAGACGGUUCGCAUCCGUGCUUACCGAACGCGUUCGCGGAUUCGUGCGAAAAAGAUUGCUACGGGCUCGAGCCUGGGGAGACGUACGCCGCCAUCGGAUCCAGCGACGGCAGCGACUUUACACGGUGUCUGCUCGCCACGACGCAGGCGCUCGAGGGAAAUUGCGCGAAAGCACCGUGUUCGUUCGCCGGCGCUUGGACGACGCCGCGCAAAACGCCCCUCUUCGUCAUGUCCUUCAUCGUCGAACGCGCGAUUCAAGGCGGCGCGGUGCCGCCGCCGAGGCGCCCGACCGAUAUCGCGACCAUGACACCGCGCGACGUGAAGCGAGCCGCCCUUCGCGCGUGCUCCACGCCCGCCGCCGAGCUCGAGGCUCGCUUCCCCGUCGCCGCGCGCGACGCCGUCGACGUCAACUACCUCUGCCUCGACCUCGUCUACGUGUACGCCCUCCUCACCGUCGGUCACGGCGCCGCGGACGACGAGACGAUUCGCGCGCUCGACAAGAUUCGUUACCGGCGUCGAGACGUCGAGGCGAGCUGGGCGUUGGGCGACGGCAUCGCCGCCGCCGCCGCCGCG